AUGGCGUGCCCAUUCUUGAGAGAUGUGGUGGAUGAAGAAGCACUUGUGCUCAGGAGAGCCUUCAGGCGAGAAAGGGUCUUCAGGGACCGGUUGGACCCACUGGUCUUCCCUGAUGACCAUCUAUAUGAAAGAUACAGGUUUUCUGCAGAUGGCAUCAGGUAUCUGUGCAGACUGCUGGGUCCCAGGAUUAAGCACCGCACAGCACGGAGCCAUGCACUGAGUGUGGAGCAAAUGGUUUGUGUGGCCUUGCGCUUUUUUGCAAGUGGAGCCUUCCUGUACUCAGUGGGGGAUGCAGAACAGCUGAACAAGGCCACAAUUUGCCGCACAAUAAGGAGUUUCCCCAAUGUCAUUGGUGCAGUGGACUGCACACAUAUAAGAAUAAAGGCCCCCUCAGGUGCCCAUGAGGCAGAUUUUGUGAAUAGGAAAUCCUUUCACAGCAUUAAUGUUCAGAUGGUCUGCAAUGCUGACUGUGUGAUCAGCAAUGUUGUGGCAAAAUGGCCUGGCUCAGUCCAUGACUCCAGAAUCUUUCGGGCCUCUGAAAUCUAUCAGUGCCUAUCACAAGGUGAAUUCUCUGGUGUGUUGCUGGGAGACAGGAUGUAUGGCUGCCAGCCUUUUCUCCUGACACCUUUUACAGACCCACAGGAAGCACAGCAGGCUUACAACUAUGCCCAUGCCAGGACCAGGGCCAGAGUUGAAAUGACCUUUGGCCUCCUGAAGGCACGCUUUCACUGCCUUCACAAAUUAAGGGUCAGUCCUGUAAGGGCAUGUGAAAUCACUGUGGCUUGUGCUGUCCUUCAUAAUGUGGCCUGCCUGAGGAAGGAGAGGGCCCCCAGAGUGCCGCCAGCCAUGGACUGGGACAAUCCGGCAAUCUUCCCUGAUGACGACAGUGGUCGGCUGCUGAGGGAUCAAUAUGUGUUAAAUUAUUUUAGUUAGUAUGUGUGCUUUCAAUUUUGGUUAUGUCCUGUGGUGGCAGAGGAAAAAUGUUUUUUUUUUUGUUUUUUUUUUUAUUGAUUUGGCCUCUUGAUAUUUGUGCUGUAUACUGUGUAUAAUGUUUGUAAGACAAGUUUGCAGGGAUACUACUGCAUCCGUUAAUUUGCCUGUUCAGUUGACGUGUAUGGAUUUGUCCUGCAUUUAUUUCAGUUUGCAGACAUGCAGGGUGUGUUAUAUACAGACCUUUGAAUGUGUAUUUCUCCUUUGGUUGUAUAAUAUGCUUUGAUUCUGUGCUUUCCAUCUUGUAGAGUCACUGUGUGACUUCAGUUUCGAAAGGAGCUGAUGGUUUACCUGCUUUGUUUUGUCCUUAUUCAAUAAAGAAACAUAAUGUUACACUUUGUGCUUUUAUAUUUAUAUGGAAUGUGUAUUUUAUAGUAUAAGGGCCACUCUGAGGAAAGGAGAAAGUCAUACAUUUGAGGCUGGUUCUUUCUGUGGAAAGCUGCAUAUUGUUUUUACAGUCCUGAUACUUAUAACAAUUUGAUGCUAAUGUGCCAAAAGAUUAAGUAUGUCCUUGUUUCUGAAACCAUACUGAAGUAAAACUCCACGAAAUGCCCCACAACUGUUAUUGUAACAACUGUCCUCCUCUAAAACAACAAGUUACAAUAUUACGACUUCAUUCUGUUUUUUUUUCCUCUGUGGCCCUAAUGGUCUAUCAUUUCAUAUAUAGCCUUA